AACCCACGAGGGGUUGCGGAGGGAACGAGCGUGGACGAGCGGUUAUUUCAAGCGACGGCUCUUCUGGCACUUCGCCCCGAGCUUUCCUCGUGCACAUCCUCCUCUCGGAGAAGUAGUGCUCUGCCACGAGUAGUAGCGCGUAUCGUCAGUGUCGCGACGUCGCAGUCUCGAGUAGUCUCAAGAUUGAGAGACAGAAAGAGAGAGAAACAGGGAACCGUCAGUCAAGACAGCAAGAUCGAUCGAUCGAACGAUUUUGACCGGUAUCGGUCAAUACUCUCGAGAUCAUCCGUGAAAAUUCGCGAAAGCGAGUGCCCGGUGGACAUUCGCAGUGACAAAAGACCAAAGAGUCUUUCGAGGGUGACAGUCACGGUGUCAGUGAAUGGACGAACUCUUUUGUGUAUGGUGACGGGAUUAAGAGAGUCGCGGAACGGUAGGACAGUCGGAUAAGACGAGAACCGAAGGAUGGAACGCGCGUGGAGAAGAAUAGCGAACGAGGAUCUUUAACGACGACGACGCGCCGCUGUCGGAUGCGUGAGAUGCGUCGGCCUGAAAUAACAGCGGGAAUGCGUGUAUAGUGUGAAUCAGCUCGUGUUCGUUCCGCAGCGGACACGCGAACCUCCUCCUCUCGGCAGUGACUCCACGCACGCACUUCUUCGUCAUCCCUCCGCCCUGUCUUGUCUUCAACCCUUCCUCGGUCGACAUCACGACGGUGCAACGUCGGUAUCGUUGGUCGCUCGCGAUCAACGCCGAUGCUCGAUAGGGUGAGAAAGAGAGAACCAGGGUUCCUGAGAGCGGAUUGAGAAAAGCCAGAAGCGCCAGAAGUAGAGAUCAGAAGCUGGGAGCGUGAAGAGGCCGAGGGGAGUUUUCGAGACGCUGUCGAAGGAGUUUUCUCGGAAAGGAGAUCGCGAGAGCCGUAAUAUAGAAGUCACCCAUGCCACGAUUACACUAACUGCGUAUGUCCGGUGUCGAGCGAGUCGAAAUGGCGAGGAUCUGCGUAAUCUUCGGGAUCCUCACUAUCCUGUCCGUUGGAUUUACACAAGGAAAGAAGCCUUACAUUCGACUAGAUGCAAUUAAUCCUGACGUUGUGGUAUCCGUGGGCGAGAAACUCAAUCUGCGUUGCCAGCAAAACUUUAACUCCAAGACGACAUGGUAUAAGGACGAUGAAGCCUUGCAUAAAUCGACGAGCAGAAUCCGUAUAAACAAGCAGUUAUUGAAGUUCAAAUUCGUUGAGAUGGAGGAUACUGGCGUCUACAGCUGUAAAUUGGAAUCGAACGAAACUAUCUAUUGGAGAAACGUGACCAUACGCGUCGAGAACUUGCAGAACGACGGCUUUCAGAACGAAGGCGAAGACAAGAGCGCGAUGAAUAUUCUCAGAUCGGCAGACGGGGAUAAUGAUCUCGAGAUGGAAACUAGAAACUUGCCCGAGACACGAUCGUUACACUUGGACAGCGAAAAGUUAGACGUAGACCUAGACGAGAAGAGCGAGAGCUACACGGAGGACGAUCACAACCAGAAGAUUCCGGAGAGUCCGCCUUCCUUUAACAAGACCGACGAGAUGCACACAUUGGUAGUGAAACCCGCCGGAAGCAUGAUGCGAUUAAAAUGUCCGAGCGUGGGCAAUCCUAGGCCAAACAUCACGUGGUUGAAGAACAAUGAGGAACCAAAACGGGAUAUUGGUUCCGUGAGCAAAACCAAGUGGACCCUGAGAUUGGAGGAUCUCGUUACCAAGGAUAGCGGCAAUUACACGUGCAUCGUGUGCAAUUAUCUGGGAUGCAUCAACUAUACCUUCAAGGUCGACAUUAUCGAGCGUUUCCCGCAUAAGCCAUACAUCAACGAGGACUUUCCGAAGAACGUGACCGCUCUGGUUAACAGUACCGCGAUCUUCAGAUGCCCCAUUGUCUCCGAUCUCGAACCGUUUAUACAGUGGAUUAAAGUCGCCAAAAAUCCUGGUGAUCAAGAGGAUUCACCACCUAAUGGGACUGUGCUACAGGUAGGAACGAAUGCAGAAGAUCCGGAAGAGUUAAAGUUAUACAACGUUACUGAAAAGGAUGAGGGAUGGUACACAUGUAUUGCCCAGAAUACUUUAGGAGAAACAUUUAGCAGCGCUUAUCUACGUGUAGUCGAAACGCUGGACGAACAGAAAGUACCGUUAGCUGCAAAGCCGCAUAUCUUAAUAAACAUUCUGGCGGCAAUUCUGUGUGUGUUCUUCGCCGUGGGUGUCGUCGUUGUGAUAUACAUUUUCCAUCGAUUGAAACGCGAGAAGAUGAAGAAGCUGCUUGCGAUAGAAACAGCGCGUGCGGCGGUCGUGACGCAAUGGACCAAGAAGGUAAUCGUGGAGAAGCAGAAAUUGGUGAACGCGCAGAACGAGGAGGAACUGUUGAUGCCGGUAGUAAAGAUCGAGAAACAAAAGUCCACCGUUGUCACCGAUGAUAAUACUAACGACAACGUGUUCGAGUACGAGAUACCGCUGGAUAACGGUUGGGAAGUACCGAGGGAAUAUCUCACGCUUGGCAAUACGCUGGGUGAAGGAGCCUUCGGCAAGGUUGUCAGGGCUGAGAUAAACAUCGGUAAACCCGGAAUACCCAACGUCGUAGCGGUAAAAAUGUUGAAAGAGGGCCACACAGAUACCGACAUGGUGGAUUUAGUUUCGGAGAUGGAAGUGAUGAAGAUAAUUGGCAAGCACGUGAACAUCAUCAAUCUACUGGGUGCCUGUUCUCAGAACGGUCCUCUAUACGUCAUAGUGGAGUUUGCUCCUCACGGCAAUCUACGAGACUUCCUCCGAGAGCACAGGCCCUCUUUGGGAUACGAACCGGCUAUCGGACAGGAGUUGAAGGAGCGGAAGACCCUCACGCAAAAAGAUCUGGUCUCGUUUGCGUACCAAGUGGCGCGUGGGAUGGAGUACCUGUCUAGUAAGAGAUGUAUACACAGAGAUUUAGCGGCUAGGAACGUCCUCGUCAGCGAUGAAUAUGUGUUGAAGAUCGCUGACUUUGGUCUCGCCAGAGACCUUCAUUCCAACGACUACUAUAGGAAGAAAACGGAUGGACGGUUGCCGGUGAAGUGGAUGGCCCCAGAGGCUCUCUUUCAUCGUGUUUACACCACUCAAUCCGACGUAUGGUCGUACGGGAUCCUGUUGUGGGAAAUCAUGACCCUGGGCGGCACGCCUUACCCAUCCGUUCCGUCGGUGGAGAAAUUAUUCCAGCUGCUUAGAACGGGUCAUCGAAUGGAGAAACCGCCAUGCUGCUCGAUCGAAAUAUACAUGCUCAUGAGAGACUGUUGGAGUUAUCAGCCUAGUGAACGACCGACAUUUGUCGAACUGGUCGAGGAUCUCGACAGAAUAUUAACGAUAACAGCGAACGAGGAAUAUCUGGAUCUCGGCCUGCCCCAGUUGGAUACGCCUCCGUCCAGCCAAGAAUCCAGCGAGACAGAAGAGGAAGGCGAAGAAAAAUUUCCAUAUCUACUAUGAGUCUACUAUACUCGCGAAGAAUGUCACUUAAAUCUUAUAGACGAGGUACUCGUACUUGAGAUAACUCAGAGACUCGUCAACUCGCAAAUAUAAUAAACUCGAAAACGAACGAAGUGGACACGAUAAGAAAUAAAGAUAGAAUAUAAGAGUCUUAGCGUGAGAGAUCACAAGGAUAAUAGACUGAAACAAGCGAACACGCCAAAUAAAAUAAAUCAGUAUUGAACUGUGUAGAAUUAAGGAAAAUGAGUUAAUCGUAAAAAGAAAAUAGUGUAUGUCAUACAUCAAGUAAUCGCACAUCGACAAAACAUUCUAUGAUUGUUGCUACUGUUUCUCACAGAAACUUCGAUUAAGGCAAAAGAAGAGGACGAGCGACGAGCGGAAAACUGAAAGGACACUAUCUUUUGCUACGCCCUUAAAUACAAGAAGCGGAUUUGUAUAUAGAGUUUAUACAGAUCUUACAAGUAUUUAUAGAUGUAAUAAUUGUGCCAUGAUAUUAGUGCCUUGCGGACAUAUCGGACGACAAUAAAUAAAGAGAUAAGUUAUCACGAUGGUGAUAUUCGUCCACGUGUUGGUCGCGUAGAUCACACAAAUAUUAAACGAUCAAUGAAUAUCAAACAUGAUAUUGUGUUUUGUAACUAGUCAACUGUGGAAAUUGUAUGUUUUCUUGUAUUAUAGUAGCUAAUAGAUUUUUAGCGUUUUCACGCGGCUAGCAUUAGCGGAUGACGAACCAUAGAUUUUGUAUGUGGCGGGCAAAUCCUGCAACAGUGUUUUGUAAAAAAAAAAGAAAAGACUUGGAUACACAUCCCAUACAGUACAGAGCAUUCUAGCAACGUUACUGCAACAUUAUUCAAACGUUGCAAUGUUGUUAAAAUAGAAUGUAUUGUGGAGUAAGAGAUUAAACGCGAGAAGAAAUAAUUUCGAGAAGAAAGUCCAAAGUAUCGUUACGAGUCUUAUAGUUGUAUCAAUAUUGAUCAUGAUACGUGUAUAAAUGAAAGGGAGGCGCUUAGAGAUAGAUAAUUUAUUUCUUGUAUAUCAAUGUAUCUCAAGUAUACCCAGUAAGCAAACCGUCCGAAAUAUUGCAGUAAAAAAUUCAUUUAGAAAUUGUUAGCAAAUUGACAUUACUUGUGUCUGCAUUAUAUAAGUGAAUAUUUUGCAGACAUAAUUUGAUAGAUUGGCGGCAAAACUUAGAUUUCUGUCGUUCCGUAGUUAAUUCAUAUUAAAGUGCAGUAAGUACGUCAUCGUGUAAUUUUAAUCAAUCAAUCUGCCACCGUAUUUUAUUAAUAAAUAUUGCUAUAAGUCUACCAGCAUUCUACUAACAGCAUUGUACAUGCCAAAUGUUGCACCAAAUCUGUUCUUCUUUUUGUUCAAAAAUUUGUAACGGAUAAUUUGUAGAAUCUGUUUUUGAGAGUUGGCUGUCUGGGUAUAUGUAUGUACAUCUCUUCAGGAUUUUUCUUUUUUCUUACGUAAUUUUAAAAUACAUCUCGCUUGAGCGACUCUUUUGUAAAAAGUGACAACAAUCGAUUUACACAUUAGAAAGUAACUUUUUAAUUUGUGACUUGUACAUAUAGACGUUUAUUUAAAAAUUAUUUGUUAUUUGAAAGUAGAAAAUAAACACAGGUAAAUUAGAAUUUACCUGAGAUUUUACAUAGAUUUUGUGUAUAAACCAUGUAAAAUGUAAAGGAAUCAUCAUCACGAUACGAGUUUCAUCUCGAAUAAAUCGAUCAAAAUAAAGUAA